UCCUUUCAAUGAUGUUUUAACUGCUGGUCUCAACCAGAACUACUUGAUUGAUGUUGUCGGUCAAAUCGUGAAUGUUGGUGAAAUGGAGACUAUCGACGUGCAAAAUAAACCUACUAAAAAGAUUGAUUUUGAACUGAGGGAUCAUACGGAUGAAAGGCUACCCUGUACUCUAUGGGGUUCAUUUGCAGAACAAGUUUUCUCUGCCUGUGAAGCUUCUGCUGGUGAGAUGGUCAUAUGUUUGGUGAGAUAUGCUAAGAUCAAGACUUACAAAGAUGUAAGGAGUAUCUCCAAUGCUUUCAAUACAUCUCAGAUCUUGAUCAAUCCAGACAUCCCUGAGAUUGUUGCCUUCAAAGAAAGUUUACCAAAAGAUGGGCUUGCUCUUACUCUUCUUGAGUCUAAACCAAAGCAGGAAAUGAUCGAGCUGACUACAGGGGAUUUCUAUCUUCAGUUUCCUAAGAAGACCAUCAAAGAAGUCGCUGAGAUGUUUGAUACUGGGAGGGUUAAGGUGCUCUGUACAAUAUAUGAUAUUGACAGAGAUUGGUCGUGGUAUUAUAUUGCCUGUAGGAAAUGCAAUAAGAAAGUGUCUAAGGUUGUCACAACUUCUCUCAAGCCACAAUUCUGGUGUGACUCUUGCCGAUCACCUGUGUGCAAUGUGGUUGCAAGGUACAAGCUACAUGUUAAAGUAAUGGAUUCAACUGGUGAGAUGAAGCUGAUGCUUUUUGAUAGUAUGGCUUCUGAGAUUGUUGGCUGUCCAGCAAACAGUCUCCUUGAUGGAUCGUUCGAUGAGUUUGAGGACCCAGAGAACCUACCUGAUGCGAUCAGACAUUUGACUGGUAAGACAUACCAGUAUCUGGUCUAUGUGGAGAAUGAAAAUGUGUGGAAUGGACUGGAUACUUAUAAGGUAUCCAGAGUUCUUGCUAAUGAUUGUGUUGGAGAGGAAGAUCUACCAGAUGAUUCAAUUGAUCAGACUCAGGGGAGCCUGCUGCUUACCUACUCUGGAGAGCCUUCAGAGACUACUACUCCAUCUUCUAAGAGGAGUAGUGACAGUUCUCUGUCACCAGCUGAUAAUUCCUCUACAACUAAGAAACUUUGUCUUGAGUCAAUCAACGUUGUGAAGAUAAAGCAAGAGAAGGGUGUGAAGACUAAUGAAGAUAAAGUCGAUGGAGUCAAGCUCGAGUGUGUUGCUCUGAAGCAGCAUGAAGAGAACACUGAUGAAGACAAAGUCAAUUUGGACAAGCUCAAGGGUUCUGAUGUUAAGCAGAAGAACAAGAAUAUGAAGUAGUUGACAUCCAACAAUGUUUUUUCUUUUUAGAUUUGUGUUUUCAAUAAAUGGUUUAUGUUAGCAGUUUACACAUUUGCUUCUGUUUUCUAAAAUUUGGAAUGUUAUUUGGUUU